AUGUGUGGGCGUGUUCUGGGCGGUAGGCGGCGCGGGCGGGACAGCAGGUCGGUGCCGGGUGGCCCGGGCGGUCCACCUGGCCGCGGGUCUCCCGGCAGCGACGGCUGGGUGAGCCGCACGCACCGUCCGCUGCACCACAAGCCACAGCGACACAACAACACGCGAUUGUCGACGGCCCCGCGCGCCACCCAAUUGUUCGAAGAACAACUGAGCCCCGGGUGGCGCGUGGGGUGGCCCGGCCCGCACCCCCGCCAGUGCUGUGCUGCUAAAGCGGGCGGCGCGGGCCCAGGGCCAGGGGGGCCACCACGAGUGCGGCCCGGGCCAGGAGGCACGGCCCGCAGAUGCGUGUGGGCGGGACGGCCGCCUGGCGGAUAUGCGGUGGACCCUGGCUGGAUAUGA